AGGCUUCUCAAAGAAAUGCGAUUUAGGAGUCACGAUGAUAGCGGCCACCAUCCUGUGAGCGCGAGGAGCGCGGGCGACCCCGGUCCCCGCCAGGCCACAGACCCCGCCCAGCGGCCAGCACCCGGCGCAGGCCGGGCAGCGGAGCUGCGCGGCGGCACCAUGCAGGUCACCCUGAAGACCCUCCAGCAGCAGACCUUCAAGAUAGACAUCGACCCAGAGGAGACGGUGAAAGCACUGAAAGAGAAGAUUGAAUCUGAAAAGGGAAAAGAUGCCUUUCCGGUAGCAGGUCAAAAAUUAAUUUAUGCAGGCAAAAUCCUCAAUGAUGAUACUGCUCUCAAAGAAUAUAAAAUUGAUGAGAAAAACCUUGGUGGUGGUUAUGGUGACAAAACCCAAAGCAGUGUCAACAUCAGCACCAACUACAACUCAGCAAUCAAAUCCUGCCACCACUACACCAGUUACUUCCUCCACAGCAACAACUGUGGCUCAGGCCCCAACCUCUGCCCCUGCUUUGGCUCCCACUUCCACACCUGCGCCCAUCACUCCAGCCUCAACGACAGCACCUGCACCUGCUAGUGCAACUAAACAGGAGAAACCUGCAGAAAAGCCAGCAGAGACACCAGUGGCUACUAGCCCAACAUCAACUGACAGUACAUCAGGAGAUUCCUCUCGGUCAAACCUUUUUGAAGAUGCAACAAGUGCACUUGUGACAGGUCAGUCUUAUGAGAAUAUGGUAACUGAGAUCAUGUCAAUGGGUUAUGAACGAGAAGAAGUAAUUGCAGCCCUGAGAGCCAGUUUCAACAACCCUGACAGAGCAGUGGAAUAUCUUUUAAUGGGAAUCCCUGGAGAUAGAGAAAGUCAGGCUGUGGUUGACCCCCCUC